AUGUCCCGACCCGAAUCAGUGGCUGGAUCCGCCUCUACUCCCAGCCAUGCACCUAGACCGCCAGCUCCAAAAUCACGAUCCAUGUCACCUUCCAACAUUUCGCUUUUUGUAUCAAAUCUGAAACUUCUAAAUCUUGAUCAACGACAAGACUGGCCCGAUAUCACCGUGCGCACUUUUGAUACGAAAGAUGCACUUCAGAAUCAGAAGAAGCGAGUGGCAUGCGUUGAAUGGUCUCUUUAUCGACUGUUCGAGAUCUGGGAUAGGGAGACUACCCGCGAUAAAUUGCAACCGUUCUUUCCACCUUUGGAACCAAUCCAAUCUUUGAAUCUGCGAGCCGCACUGUUUCGGUGUCUUAAUGACCUGAAGAAGAACGAUGUUCUGGGCAGGGAAGCCACUCUUCGUAAGACCAUGCUGGAUGACUGCAAGGGUGACAAGUUCGAAGAAGUUCUGCUCUUGUUUUCUGCUGCUGUUGUUAGGAAACAAGUAGUUUCAACUCGCCGCAAACAGCAGGCUUCAAUCGGCAAGAAUCUUGCUGUUGCGAGGAACCUGGACAAGCGCGAGUUGAAUACAGUUGGCCCCCUUUCCCUUGCCUACCGUGCGUCUCUGACGAAGACUUUGCAACAUCGAGUAAAUCUGGACCACACACUCAACAAUUUCCGCACAUCACUCUACGAGAAGACUAACGAGUACCACGAGCGUCACCUUACACUCCUCGAAACGCAAGAUGCGACAAAGGAAAAUCUCUCGCCGGAGACAGAGAAGUCUAUCAGACGCGAACUUCGACAGAACUGGGUUGGCGGUAUAGAGGGCUGCGACGCAUUGCUGGCAGGAGCCAAACUCGCUUCCUCAGACGCCUAUAUGGACUCCAACUUCGAAGAUCUGUGGCAACACUUUAGACAGGGUACAACUCCUGAGGUGUCUCCAGAAGGUGUUUCUUUGCUCGAGACUCUUCAAUACCGUGUAGCUGAGCAGAACGAUCGUUUGCGCCUCUGGAGAGCAUACAAAGAUGUUUUUGAAGACACCAACACACCCGUGAGAUCUGUUCAAGCUUCUAGUGUGCCCGAUACUCAGGAUCGUACGGCUGCAGCUCAUGGCUUGGACAUCUUCAGAAAACAUAAGAGCAUCCGUGUGGCACAGACACCUUCUGAGCCCGAAGAAUCUCGCAUGUUGGCCUCGGAAGUGGAUUAUGAUCGUGUCGUCCAAGACAUGAGACAAAGCCUCUCCGACGUCGGCAAGAAGAAGCGAAGCCAGAACAACGGAUCUUCAUACCACGCAGCACCAAAUCUCGAUGAUAGAACUCGCCGUACGAGCAACAUGCCGAGACAGGUACCUGUCCCAGUGUUCCUUGCUGGAUCUAAAGAGCCUCAGGAGGACUUCUUCUCGCCGCUCAAACGACCGUUGCUUGUAUCGACGAACUCGACUCCCACCACCGUGCGAGAUGAACCACAAAAGUCAUAUCCAUUCUUGUCUCGAACUCACAGUCAACCUGUAAACACGCCUCAGACAGUGAGGAGUGAAUACAUUCCAACCACUGGUCAAACCAUGGAAAGUCCAUAUGGCUCUGUUCUGAGGCAGCCAAGGUUCACAGAGAACAGCCCUAGUGUGCAGAAACUGGAGCAAAGACGUUUUGAAGCAUACAAAUCAGAAUCGCAGGAUGAUGAUGCAGCAACUCCUAGGAAUGGAUACACUUCUCCGGGCGCAGCAGAAACCAACACAGCAUUCCCUGAGCACCCGAGUCCUGCUGCAGACCCUGUCGCAUCUCUCGAAGACAAAAUCGAUCGCAUCGAUCUAACAGAACCACAAGGACAAUCUUCGCCAUUGGACUUACCAGACUUCUCACCACCUCAGCUCUCAAGUCCCCCGGCGCCAAUCUCUAGACAACAGAGUCCACAAGAGCGUCCCAAUCUGUCCGAACGUGCCCGCAUGUCCAUGGCCUCCUUCCACAGCAGCGAAAACAGCCUUCCUCUGCCGCUGCCUACCCCCGACUCCCUAGAUGUAGGAACAGAGACGGAAACAGACACAACAUCAUCCCGCCGCACCUCCCUCGCCGACCGCGCUCUAGCCUCCAUGACCCUAGCCACCAACAACGCUCCUCCCCAACGCCGCACAACCACAGCCAAACCCCGCCCCCGCUCCUCCUUCUUCCCCUCCACCACCGCCGCACAAUUCUCCACUCCCAUCAAGAGCGGCAGAACAUCCUUGGGCGGCACAAGAGAUACCACACCUAGAGAUAAGUUAUUCGAGCAAGAUGCAGAGUAUGCUAGUGUGUUCAAGUCUAGACCCAAGAUUGCAAUGAGUCCUGGGUUGAGUCCGCAGUUGGAUGAGGACAUGGAUGAUAUCGAGGGAGAAGCUGAAGAUUUCAGUUUUGAAGAUGGAGGUGCUGAGGAUGGGGGUGAGGAGAGUAUGGUUGGGUUGCAGAGUUCGCCGUUGGGAAAGUUUGGAAUGUAG